GGCCUGGGACCAGGCUUUAUGAGCCUUCCCGACAGACCUACCAAGGCCCAGCCAUCUUCUGGUCCCUCUUCUCUUUUUCCAUCAGUCCGCCAGCCCAUUGCUCGGGGCGGGAACACUGAGGCCGGCCAGCCAUGUGGCUCUGGUGGUUCGCGAUCCUAGCCAGUGGGGCUCUCUGGCUGCCCGCAGAGGCCCUGGAGUCUUGUGCUGGGCACUGCGGGGAUUUCAGAGGAAACUGCUCUUGCCAUGUGACCUGUCCAUCUCUGAACACCUGCUGUCCUGAUUAUCUGCAGUUCUGUCUGGAGAUCUCACCCUAUUCAGGCUCAGUAAUGGGCGGCAAAGACUUUGUGGUGCUGAGUGAGCCAUGGGUCUCCCCUGCCUCAGUGACCUCCGUGGUCUGCAGGUUUCGAGAGGCCAUCCACACUCAAGGCUACGUGGAUGACAAGGGCAGGAUCCAUUGUGUAUCACCCCUCCUGUACGAAAGCGGGCGGAUUCCAUUCAGCGUGUCCCUGGAUGGUGGCAAGACGUUCCCUAGCUCUGGGACCUGGCUGGCAGUCCAUCCCAGCAAAGUGUCAGAAUUGGAGAAGAGUGAGCUGAUCAAUGAGACCAUGUGGCAGUAUUAUGGGACUCCAGGGGUCACUGGCAACCUCACCCUCUCCUGGAAGAGCUCCCUGCUGCCUGAGCCCAGAGUCAACAUUGAGCUGUGGGGCUAUCAAGAAACAGGCAAGCCUUACUCUGAUGAAUGGAAGGCCGAGUGGUCGUACCUCUACACCCUAGCCAGGAACCUCCCUAACGGGGACAACUUCACCUUCACACCGAUGCCAGCCAAACCCCAGUACCAGACGUGGGAGGUGGGUGCCCUGCGCAUCUCUGGGAGCAACCACACUGAUGGCGAGAGGGAUGUGCCUGCAAUCUGGAGCAAUGAGCACGCCUUAGCCUGGCACCUCGGGGAGGAUUUCCGUCGGGAUUCUGCUGCCUGGGCCACCGCCAAGUGCAUGAACUGGGUGGCGCUGGACAAAAAGCUGCCCAACUUCCUGGCGGAGCUGGUGGAUUGCCCCUGCACCCUGACCCAGGCUCGGGCUGACACUGGGCGGUUCUUUGCCGAUUAUGGCUGCGAUAUCGAGCAGAAAAGCGUGUGCACGUAUCACCCAGGGGCCGUGCACUGCGUGCGGAGCAUACAGGGGAGUCCCCGCUACGCCUCGGGUCAGCAGUGCUGCUACUCGUCGUCGGGGACGCAGGUGCUAACGUGGGACACGUCGAGCGGAAGCACGCCAGACCGUGGCCACGACUGGGGCACGUACCCCUACGGGCGCCCUCCCCGCGUGCCUGGCCUCUCCCACUGGAUGUACGACGUCAUCACUUUCUACUACUGCUGCUUGUGGUCCCAGAACUGCAAGCUCUACUUAGAUAUGCGGCCCUCAAGUGACUGCCGCAGAUACAGUCCUCCUUACCUGGCCUCGGCCUUUGGGGACCCUCACUUCCUUACAUUUGAUGGCGUCCACUUUACAUUCAACGGCCGUGGAGAGUACGUUUUGGUGCAGUCUGACCUCACAAAGCUGAUGGUGCAGGGCAGGACCCAGCCACCCUUGAUGUCCAAUGGUGCCCAGGCCUCUGCUACAGGCAUCUCGGCCGUGGUGGUGAAGGAGAACGUCUCUGAUGUGGUGGAGGCCCGGCUCGGGGGUCCGACUGGGAGGACCCUGCAGGUGCUGCUGAACCAGGAGAUCCUGAACUUCAGUGAGCAGAGAUGGUUAGACCUGAAAGGCAUGUUCUUGUCGGUGUCUGGGGACCGGAACGUGUCGGUGAUGCUGGACUCGGGAGCGGGUGUGGAAGUCCAGGCCCACGAACACUUCCUCAGUGUGAACAUCCUUCUUCCUGAGAAAUUCAUGGGUCACACUCAGGGCCUCCUGGGCACCCUGAACAACAUCCCAUCUGAUGACUUCACCCUGAGGAAUGAGACGGUCCUGUCCCCCGACAUCACCUCCGAGCCCCGCAAGUUGUUUGAAUUUGGAGCUGACUGGGCCAUUUGGAAUGACUCUUCCCUGUUUACCUAUGAUUCUCCAUCUCUGGUGGACAGCUACCUCCGCCAGCCCAAGCAUGACUCCACCUUCCUGCCUGUGUUCACACCUGGGCCCCUGACACCCCAGGUCGCCAGCCUCUGUGGGGGCGACCUCUUCUGUCAGUUUGAUGCCCUUGUCACUGGGAGUCUGGACGUUGGCAAUGCCACCCGGGUAGCCCACGAGCAGCACCAGCAUCUGCAACAGAGCCUGCAGCCAGUGGUGUCCUGCGGCUGGCUCUCUGCCCCAGAGUAUGGGAAGAAAAUUGGAACCAGCUACCUGGAGGGCUCCGCUGUCAAGUUCAGCUGCGCUCCAGGCUAUACGCUGAGAGGCUCCCAGGAGCAAACCUGCCAGCCCAAUGGGCAGUGGUCAGGAGUGUGGCCGCAGUGCAAGCCAGAUCAUACCGUGCUACUGGGAGUCAUCUUUGGGGUGCUAUUGGUGGUGCUUCUGGCUAUCCUGGGCUACGUGAUGCUGAAGAAGAGGAGAGGGAGGAUGUAGGGCCUCUUGCAGACAUGGAUUCCAUCCCACACCUGAGUAUUGUGCCCACCUGGGGACCCAUCCCUCACCAGGGUGCCCAUCCCUCACUGGGGGCUCAUCC